AUGGAAAAGAAAUAUCGAAAACGACCAACAACCAUUUAUGAAGAAGCAUUACAAAAAGUCAAACAUAAUACAGCUCAACGCAAAGAAGCUUUGAAACGAUUAGAUGCACCACAAUCUGAUCUUGUCGAUCCAUCUUCCUCUUCUUUAUUGAAUCAAGAACUUUUGAAUACGGAUCAACAACAAACUUGUUUUAUAUGUAAUGAAACACUUUUUGGUGAUUCGGAAGCCAUCAAUUUACACAUUGAUCGAUGUUUGAUGAAUAUGAAUGAACAACCUACAACUACUUCACACAAUAACAACAAUAAUAAUAAUCUUUCACCACAAGAUGGCAAUGAUUGGGAUCAAUAUGAAUGGGCUGGUCAAGUUCGUGUUCGUGCUACUUCUAUGAUGGAAGGUGGCUAUGGAGGUGCUGGUUUUGCAACUGCCCAAAAAGAAGAUGAUGUGGAUGAGGAUUUGGAUAUCGAAGAAGAUGAUGCGGAAUAUGGUCAUAGUCAAUACAAUGAACGGGAUAUCAUGGUCAAUAUGGAUGAAGAUAAUGAUGAUUCAAAUGCACUGAGAGAAAUGAUAUCUGAAGCUUCUCCCCAAAGUGGUUUUGAAGAAACAGUAUCUGAUGCAGGUUGGGAUCGACAUUUAGCAAUGGAUCAUCCAUCAUCCUCUGAAAUCUCACAAAGUACUACCGGUAAUCUUGUGGUGGAUUCUUUGAAAUCUCGGAUACAUCAAUUGGAAAUGGCUUCACGAUCUGUCCCACGAUGUUUGAUUUGUUUGGAACCUUACAAAACUCCAUUGACCUCUAUUAUCUGUUGGCAUGUCCAUUGUGAACAAUGUUGGUUACAAACCUUGGGAUCCAAGAAACUCUGUCCUCAAUGUCAAAAGAUCACCACUCCUUCUGAUCUUCGUCGUAUAUAUCUAUAG